GGGAAUAAAACGACCUACGAUUGAGCUUGACCGAACAAGUCGAAAUUCGAAAGCCCAUAACCACACAGCACACUUUACUGUACUAACGUUACUCAACCUCAUCCGUUACCUUUAGUGCUCAAUCACCACUUUUGAACCCCGAGUUUCUGCCCAUCAAAGCUGGCUCAGAUGGCAGACAAGUACGUCAUCCGGGUGACGGCGGGCCCAGGCUACGACCUCGCCUCGCACGUCGAAGUGCCCGUCAACUCGGCCAAGCCCGUCCACAUCGCCAGCGACCGGAUCGAGGCCGACCUCAACGUGCGGGUGCAGAACUACAGGGGCCUACCCCGCAACGCGCCGAGCACCUCGCCUUACUUCGAGGCCGAGCCGCAUAAGUACAACGGCGAUCAGUAUUCAAUUGCGUUCAGGUUCCGCUUGAAGCGUCCUCCGCCUCCGCCUGCACCGGGGAAUGACGGAGAGGCUACGGUUGUGAGGGGAGAUGAUGAGGAUGAGGAGGAAAGGGGGACGCGCGGAGCGGAGGACGAUAACCAAGCAGAACAAGCAGAAGAAGAAGAACAAGAUGAUGAUGAUGAUGACGUGGACGGUGUCCCCGGCACAGACCUCCAAUUCGGCAAUGACUUCGACCACCCGAUCCGCAACCGGCUGCCGCCGGGCUUCGGCACGGCCAUGAACAUCGUCAAGUGGUGGAUCGACCCGGGGCUGGAAGGCGAUCCAUACGCCGACAAGCCCUAUCUCUACGGGCCGGCGCUCAGUUCGUUCAACACGGUGCACGUGGGCGAAGGGGAAGUUGACGAGGCCCGCGGCGGGCUGUGGUUUGACGAAGGCGGCGACGAAAGGGGGCUGGUCUGGCGGAGGGAGCUCGGCGCGCCCGACAACGCCAAGGCGCGCAUGAAGUGGGCGCUGAAGGCACCGAACAAGGAACGCUGGACGUGGGAGUACGGCAGGACGUACGGCGCCGAUUUCUUUAAUCCGUACGUCGACUUCAGCGAGUUUGCGCUGCGCUUGCCGGGGUUCAAUCUGCCCAUUAUGCGGUACUGGGAUGGCCAGGGCUUGAGGCACCACCGCAAGCGCUCACACCAGCUCAGAUAUGUACUCCGCAACCGCUCGACCGGGCAAGUCUAUCUUGUUGUGCUGUUCUCGCUGCACAUGGCGGAAGAUAUCAACGAGGAUGGCACGCUGAAGCCUGCGGCGCUGGAGGCUAUCGAGCAGGCAUCAGGGGGUAUGAAGGCGACGCCGCUUGAGCCGAGACCAGACAUCGAGCCAAAACCGGAUGGGGAGCAGGUUCCGGAGGAGGAGGCGUUGGAGGAAGCAAGGCGGAAGCUGUCCUGGGUGGACGUGAAUGCGGAAGACGACGUAGAUUAG